AUGGCGCCCAAGAAGAAAGGCAUUUCCGUCAAUCUGCGCGACCUCCAGCGCGAGAUGGGCGUCGGGGUGACGCUCCUCCCGUCUGCACCGAAGCCGGUCGACGAAGCCGCUCUUGCAGCGGCAGAGAAGGAACGCGAACGCGAGCGGAAACUGGGACCAGGAGGCGGCCGCUGGGCAGACCGGAUGGACGACUCCGACGACGACGAGUGGAGGAGAGAGAGCGAGGGCGCGAAUUUCGGGCCAGGAGGCCCGGGGGGCCGCAGCAUGGAAGGCAUGCGGCGCGACGGAGGACGAAUGCGCCCGCAAGAGGUCGAGCUCCCCGACGAGCCGUGGAGGCGAUCGGCUCCGUUGCCGCCUCGUGAACAAGACGGGGGAGAACGAGCGGGACGCGGAAGGGGUGACGAGGAAGACGCGGAUCUGGGCGUGCUCCGAUCAGCGUCGAAAGUGAACACUCCUCCGGCCGGGGGUCCGGGCGAUGUAGGUCGAGGCGGAGGGAAUGCGGGGAAUCGCCAGCACGAGGAAGACUUGGAUUUUGCGGAUCUCCGCAAAUCCACUCCCCAAAGAGAAGGAAGCUUCGCUGGCCAGAGAGGGCCUCGAGAAGACGACGAAGAUCUCGACUUCGCUGCAGUCAGGGACAGGGCGAGAGCGACCGUGGGCUCGGCCGCAGACUCUGCUGCGCAAUCGUCCGACUCCCGCCCGGAGCAUCUUCGGUCGCUGCGCAGCCGCCUGAAGAAAGUGGAGAGAGAAAACGUGUCGCCGCCUGUGGAGAACGGCGGAGCUUCUCCCGCACUGCCCUCGUCUCGUCCCCUUGAGUCUCAGUCGUCGGUGGAGAGCAAGCCUGGGCGUUAUGUGCCUCCUUCCAAGCGGACCCCGGCAGUUGGGAAAGACGAGAAAGGGGCGGGGCCUCGCGGGAGUUCGGGCGCUGCCGGAACGCCGCCUGUUCAGAACGAACGUCUCGCGGCGUUUCUGGAGCCCAACUCGCCUCGGAAAGCGCCUGCCGCAGCGCCUCGUCCGGCGGCAGCCAAUGACGUUGGCAACGGCGCGGUGCCCGCCUCGACGCCCGCGCCUUCGUCAGUUGGAGAGAAGGAGAGCGCCGCUUCUUCGCCGAGCGAGAAGGACGACCUGCGUGAGGCGUCGUCGCCACAGACGAAGGCGGCAAGUGGAGGCGGAGCGCGGUUCGUUCCCAAGUGGAAACAGCGGAUGGAGGAAGAGAAGAAGAAGGAAGAAGAACGGGCUGCGCGAGCCUCGCAGGCAACGCAACAGGCGCAGCAUCCGGCAGCCUCGUUGGCCCAGUCGCUCUCUGAGGACAGCAGAGAGGCCAGCAGUGCAGCUAGGGGCCAGAACGUUUCGCCGUCUUCCUUCUCUUCGACUCGGGUCGAGGAGCCCGUGCAGAUCCUUCAGCCCGUUCGUCUGGGCACACGCAAAGAUGCCGCGUUGGGAGGCAGCUUCGUGAACGGCAAGUACGUCCCUUCGGGCGUCCGCCAGCAGAGCCAGCAGAGCGCCAGUUUCCCGGGUUCUGCGCCCAAGGAGUCGGCGGUCCAGAGGCUCUUCAAAGCGGCGGCGGGUGUGACCUCCACGUCUCCGUCCGCGGGAACCGGUCUCGACGGGGAAGACGUCGAGGAGUUGAAGCGCCAGGAAGAGCUGCAGAAAAAGAAGGAGGAGAAGGAAAGACGUGAACGGGAGAGAUUCGAAGAGCAGCGAAGGAAGAGAGAGGAACUGGUCAAGAUGUUGACUCACAAGGAAGACGAAAUCCUGUUGCUUGUCCAAGCUCUCGAGACGGGACUGGACCAAGCCGAAACAGACCCCAGCAAGAAGCUCGGUGUCGACGACAUUGUCGCAGUCCUCAAAGACGAGGACGAGUUGGCGAGCAUCGUCCCGUGCGCGGUUGUCGCGGCGGUGGUCAUCAAACGAAGCGCAGGCAAAGAAAACAUGGAGGGCGUCUUGGAGGUCGUCAAGCCCGUUCAGGACGUGUGGAAGGCGCUUCUGGAGAAGAGCCAGGUCAGAGACAAGGAUCAGGUUCUCAUCAAGGAAAUGGUCAAAAUGAUCAAAGCUGUCAAGUGCCCUCGACUGUCCCCGUGCACGGCGCUUAUCGAGGCAAUAUGGGACGCGAUGUGGUUCGACGACGACAACGAUGAUACGGAAGGACGGACGGAGGUUCUUUUCCAGGUCCUAACGUGGGGCCAGUGGCUUCAGGGACAGCUGCCUGGCGCGGAUGCGGGAGAGGAAGAGGAAGCGGAACAUGAGGAGCCAGACAAUGACGAUUACGACAUUGAGGCGUUGGUACCCAAGCGAGAGGGAGAGAAGAGCACGAAAAAGAAGAAAUAA